AUGUCGUCUCAGCAAUCAAGCAGCAAUACAUUCGUUGCUUCUCUUGAAUUAACCUUAAAAUAUCUUUUCCAAUAUGGUGUCUUGGGUUUAUUCAUUCUCGGUAAUAUCAGUUGUGUGCUAAGUUUAAUAGUUUUUAGUAGAAAAACUCUUCGUAAAAAUCCUUGUUCAUUGUACAUGAUCGCAUUUCAUAUCGGUAGUUUCAUUUAUCUCAACACAAUCGUUUUAGCAUCACUCUUAACAAAUGGUUAUUUAAUUCCAAUUGCUCUUUAUAGUAUUCAUAUUUGUCGAUUGAGUUUAUAUAUGGCAGUUGUUUUAAGUGUUCUAUGUCCAUGUUAUUUAAUAUUCGCAUCGAUUGAUCGAAUAUUACUAACAUCAGCAAAUGCAACGACAAGACAACGAAGUACAAGUCGUCUUGCUUGUGUUUGUAUUAUUAGUGUGACAUUAUUUUGGUUUAUAUGUCAUGUUCAUGUGUUAGUUUAUGUGAAUAUCAUACAAGUUACACCGAAUUAUUCUAUUUGUUAUUUUCCAAGUGGAACAUAUUCAACAAAUCUGAGUUAUUAUUCAACAAUAAGAGCUUUGUUGAUUCCAUUAAUUUUAGGAAGUUUAGGAGUUGCUGCAGUGAAAAAUGUUCGUCAAAUAAGUCUCAAACGAGUUCCUGCUUUUUCAACAAAUAUUGGAAUAGGUCAACACACUCCUGUACAACAUACACAUUCGAAAGAUCGUCAACUUAUUCGAAUUCUUCUGACAGAUGUUGUGCUUUAUUUUGUAUUGAGUUUUCCACUUUCAAUCAUUACACUUUAUUUACAAAUUAUUCAACAUAAUGUUAAAACAUAUGAACAAACUCAAAUAAACACGUUUAUUCAAUAUACGUGUGCAAUUGCUGCAUAUAUUCCAUUUUGCACGGGUUUUUAUAUAAAUCUAUUCAUUUCCAAAACAUUUCGAAAUGAAAUCAAAAACGUUUUUUUGUGUCAAUAG